GACCAAUAUUUGGAACGCUACUGAGAAUAGGUUGCAACAGCAAUAUGAAGGAUUUAAUAUCUUGAUGUGUAAAACUAAUAUCCCCCUCCAUCUAUGUGUACCACAGAUUCAAAGCAACAGCAGAUGGAUUACUUCUCCAUAUCUUCGAUCCUCUAACUUUGCAGAAAGUUCACAGACGUGAUUCAAUUGAACAUAUGAUAACAUAGACAAGUUAAACAAACAAAAGUCAGAGAUCAGAAAAUUCAAACCUAACUGAAUAAAUUAAUAGCUGCCAUUAGCUUAGGACAUUGCUUCCUCAUUCAUCGUCCUUGUCUUGACUAAAACAUGUUCAGUUUCCGAGUUGUGGUGCUUAUCUUGGGAUGCCUUUUGUUAACUGAAGCUGCAAGAGAUACCCUAAACCCAGGUGAUAAGCUUAGUUCCAAUUCAUCCGAUAAUCUUGUAUCCCCAAUUGGGAAUGUUACCUUAGGCUUCUUCAGACAAGAGUACCGUCAGACUUGGAAUGGCAAAAGCUUUGGAUAUUAUUUGGCUAUGUGGUACGCCCAAGGCACGUCAUACAACCAUUCGAUUUGGUUAGCUAACCGAGAUGAUCCCAUCGCAGACGAUUCGGGAGUUCUUGUCCUAGAUGAUACUGGACUGAAAAUUACACGCAUCGUUGGGAAUCCUAUCCAACUUUUCUCACUUCAAUCUACCUCUAUCACCAUCAACACUUCCGAUAUGAAGGUGGUCUUACAAGAUUCGGGGAAUCUUAUUUUGCAAGGUGCAAAUGAGGAAAAUGGGGAAAACGUAGUAUUGUGGCAAAGCUUUGAUUAUCCAACUGAUAGUUUUCUACCUGGGAUGAAAUUGGGGGUCAGCCAUGGGAGAAGCUUCUCACUUACAUCUUGGUUGACUGGUUCAAUCCCCGCGUCUGGAUCGUUUACAAUGGAAUGGGAUCCUGCACGAAAUCGAUUAGUAGUUCGGCUUAGAGAGAGGAUUUUGUGGACAAGUGGUGAAAAUUUUGAAAAUUUUGGCUCCUUGGAUUCAUUCAACAUGAAUUAUAAUUUCACUAAUGUUUCUAAUCCAAAUGAGAAGUACGUUUAUUAUACUCUUGUAAUUAGUCAAUAUACUCUUGAAGAGCGAAGGAAAAACGCUAGGUUAGUGUUGCAGGACGAUGGGGAUUUACAACUUGGAGACAUCUAUACAAUCAAUUUACAACUCUGUGAUAGUAAUAGCACAGAGAAUGGUUGCGAGAGAUGGGAAGGACCAAAGUGCCGAAAGAAAGGUGAUAAGUAUGAAUUAAGAACCAUACGACCUACACAUAAAGAUUCUUUAAACAACACAUUAUAUGGAAACACCAAUCUUUCCUUGAAAGAUUGUAAGGACAUAUGUUGGGAAGACUGCAAAUGUUUGGGAGUUGCAGUGCAGGACCUUGGUUGUCGGUUUCUUUUAGGGUAUUAUGAAGAAGGUGUGUCGUAUGGAGAUUCGUUUGAAGUAAUAAAUCGCAACCGUCCAAGUAAGUUUAAUAUUGCUCGCUCAUGUUCUAAUCUUUGA